UUAGGGCUCCCUCUUUCCUUCUCAUCCCACUUCUGAAGUUCCGAUUCCUGAGAAGCCAUGAGUAGAGGUGGGAGCUCUGGCGGUGGACAAAGUUCAUUGGGUUACUUGUUUGGCUCAGAGGAGCCACAAACUCCACCUCCCGCUGCUAAGCCAGUAUUGCCGCCAUACGGCAUCGAUACCACCACCACUGAUGAUCAAAAGCCUUCAGAUCAUCAGACUCCUUCCAAUUCCAACAACUAUCGAAGAGCUGAAGGCCCAAAUUCUGGAAACUUCUUAACUGAUCGUCCAACAACAAAAGUUAAAUCAGUUCCUGGCGGUGAUUCAUCACUUGGGUACUUGUUUGGAGAUAAGUGAUGCCUCUAUUUCCUCUAGCACCCUACUUCGAUCAAUAACAACCAAUAAUAUUGAAUAUAUAGUUUUAUGGGUUCCGGAAAUAAACAAAAUAUUGUGUUAAAUAAAAGGGAUAUAUCGGUCCCCACGAGUGUUGUAUUUGCAAGGGUUUCUUCGAGGGUUGGACGAAGAAGAUCGAGUGGGGUGUAGAGAGAUAAUAAGUAAUCAACUACUCUAGCUAUCAUGAACUCCAAGAUUUGGUGAAAGUGCAUGAUAUAGAGGAUUAUAUAUAGAUGUAAGUUUGUGGGUUUGCCUUCUGUUUGCAAAAUUAGGUUCCACAAGUGGGUUUUCUUAAUUAAUCGAGUUUGACUGAUGUAUACAAUUCUAUAAAUAUGUAGUAAGUUUGUUUUGGUGUUUUAUUCUGA